AUGGUACAUUUUGUGCAUGCCCUGGUGUAUGCUCUGUGUCAUACCAUAUAUACCAUCUAUUAUUAUUUGAAACUAUGCCUAAAUACCAUUAGCCACGCUUCAUGGGCUACUUCGGACGUACUGCCUGCCUACAAUGACAAUCUUCGAGCGCCCCCACAUUUGGCUGUUAUUUUUGCAUGGUCUUCUUUUGAACCAUGUAAAGUUUACAACGCUUUACAGGAUGUACGCCGCCUAGCAGCCUGGUGCGCAGCGGCUGGCACGCGGGAGCUCACCGUGUACGACGAGGACGGAUACCUAGCCCAGGCCCUUUCCAAGACGGCUGAUCCAAAGGUACACGAGCAGGCACCGACUCUGCUUGUCGAUAUCCAUUUUGGUGCGGAGACUGCGAAGGAUUUUCGUCAGAAGAAUCCAAUAGCCAUGCGAUGCCCUCUCUCGCCCACGUUUCAUGGCCCAAGGCUUAAGAUGCAUGUCAACAUACUUACCGAAAAAGAUGACAAGCCCGUGCUGGCUCGAGCGCUUGAAUCGACUCGGGAGUCCGGCUUCACCACGAGUGAAGUUAGUAGGCAGCUGCUACGCAUUGGCCCUAUGCAAUCCAUGCCAGACAUGCUCGUGGUUUGUGACGAGCGCGCAGGUCCGCCAUGCUUGCACGGGUUUCCGUGCUGGAUGGUUCGCAUUACAACCAUUCAGCCCCUACCGACUUGGUCACUUCUUGGUCGCUGGACCCCUAGGCAUUUCAUUGAUACCCUUAAAAUCUAUACUUCUGCUGAACAGAGGUAUGGUGCGUAA